AUGCCCCUCUCUGCGACUCUCAAUUGCGACUGCGGCGAGUCGUACGGGCAGUACACGAUUGGCGACGACGAAGGCUUGUUCCCCAUCGUCGACAUUGCCAACUGCGCUUGCGGCUUCCAUGCGUCCGACUUUGACGUGAUGGCCAAGACGGUCUUGCUGGCGAAGAAGCAUGGCGUGGGGAUCGGAGCGCACCCAUCGUUGCCAGACCAGCAAGGCUUCGGUCGGCGCAUCAUGCACCUCCCUCCCGAGUCGUUCUUCAACUGCCUGCUCUACCAAGCCGGCGCGAUCGACGCCUUCCUGAAGCUGAACGGACUCAAGUUCAACCACUUCAAGCCGCACGGCCAGGCGUACGUCAUGUCGGCAAAGGACCUCGAGCUUGCGCGCCAGAGCGCAAAGAUCGCCAAGCUGUAUGGCGUCCCCCUGCUUGGCUUGCCUGGCUCGAAGCACCAGGAGGCGUGCAAGCUUGAAGGCGCCGACUUCAUUCCAGAAUUCUACGCCGACUUGCAGUACGGCGACGAAGGCCAGCUGCUCGCACCUGCUUCCGCCGCCCAGCGCCACCCCAUCACGCCCGACCAGGUGUACACGCGCGUCCGCAAGAUGCUCGAGACGAGUACAUGGAUGUCAUUCAACGACGGGAAGGAGCUGCGCUUCCCUGAAGGAACGGACAAGGUGUCGAUUUGUGUUCAUGGCGACUUUCCGGGCGCGGUGGAGACGGCCAAGGCGGUCAAGCGGGCUAUUGAGGACGUCGCCCACGGUAACAAAGCGUAA